UUUCUGCUUUCUAUCAUAAAUUUAAAGCUCAAGUUCAUCUUAAGAGCAGGGGCGUGUCUAGAGGGGUGGCACGGUGUGGAACCGCCCCCCUGCUGUCAACCUGACAAUGCCCAACGCCAUUGGAACAGAGCGCUGUCAAUCACUCAUUCGAGCAGAUUGCGGUUUUCAAACAGAAGGAGAGAGACACCACGAGACGGCACUGUUUAUAGUCUGAAGUCAGUUUCUCAUUAUGGAGAACAGAGAGAAGAGAUCUUCAUCUGCAGAACCCAGUGUGUCUCUGAAGAGUGACGGAUCCAUGGAUCCUCCUCUUAAAUUCAGUGAUGAAUCAGUGACUUCUGAUCAACUUAUCUACAGGAAGAGGAAGAGACGGAGAUCUUCCAGCUAUGUGUCUAUGAAGAGUGACGGAUCCAUGGAUCCUCCUCUUAAAUUCAGUGAUGAAACAGUGACUCCUGAUCAACUCAGAGUAGAUGGAGAGCGAAGCAUCUCUCGAGGAGCCAUCUCAAUCUUCUGUCUGAACAAAAUUUUAAGGAAUGUUACGGCGUCCCUGAAUAGACAUGAUCAACCAAUAAAUAAUGAACUACAGAGAGUCAAAGACCGACACAAAACCAGCAUGAAGAACAAGUAUGAGAGAUUAUUUGAGGGACUGAAACUCAAAGAGAAUGAAACCCUCCUGAACAGGAUCUACACACAGCUCUACAUCAUAGAGGGAGAGAGUGAAGGAGUGAAUAAACAACAUGAGGUUUUACAGAUGGAGAAAACAGCCAGAACACAACACUCACAAGACACUCCAAUCUACUGCAAUGACAUCUUUAAAGCCUCACCUGAACCAGGAUGUGAGGAGAAACACCAGAUCAAGACUGUUCUUACUAAAGGAAUCGCUGGAAUCGGAAAAACCGUUUCUGUGCAGAAGUUCAUUCUGGACUGGACAGAGGGAAAAGCCAAUCAGGAUGUAGAUUUCAUGUUUGUGCUUCCAUUUCGAGAGCUGAACUUGGUCCGAGAUCAUAAGUACAGUCUUCACAGACUUCUGCUGGACUUUCAUCCUGAACUUCAAGAUCUGGACUCAAAGAUUUAUGAGGAGUGUAAAGUUGUGUUCAUCUUUGAUGGUCUGGAUGAAAGCAGAAUCACACUGAUGUUUUCAGGCAAAAAGAAAGUUUCUGAUGUGAACGAGACUUCAUCAGUGGGUGUGUUGAUGUCAAAGCUCAUGAAAGGAGAUCUGCUUCCCUCUGCUCUCAUCUGGAUCACCUCCAGACCAGCAGCAGCCAAUCAGAUCCCCUCCAAAUACAUCAACCGUCUGACAGAGAUUCAGGGAUUCAGUGAGCCUCAGAAGAAGGAAUAUUUCAGGAAGAGAAUCAGUGACGAGCAUCAGGCCAGCAGAAUCAUCUCACACAUCAUGAGAGCAAGAAGCCUCCACAUCAUGUGCCACAUACCCGUCUUCUGCUGGAUCUCAUCCACUGUGCUUCAGAAGCUCCUGAAAGAAGAUCUGGGUGCUGAAAUCCCUCAAACUCUGACUGAAAUGUACAUCCACUUCCUGCUGAUUCAGAUCAACAUGAGAAAUCAGAAGUAUGAAGAGAGAGAUCCAGAGAAUCUCCUGCAGUCUAACAGAGAAGUGAUUGUGAAACUUGCUGAAGUGGCUUUCAAACAGCUCAUGAAGGGCAAUGUGAUGUUCUAUGAGGAGGACCUGAGAGAGAGCGGCAUAGACGUCACUGACGCCUCAGUGUAUUCUGGAAUUUGCACUGAGAUCUUUAAGGAGGAAUCUGUGAUUCAUCAGAGGAAAGUCUACAGCUUCAUUCAUCUGAGCGUUCAGGAGUUUCUCGCUGCUUUCUAUGUGUUUUACUGCUAUUUAACGAAGAACAAGGAACCACUGCAUGAAUUCAGAUUUUGUAGAUCUGAUAAAGAGUCUCUGUAUGAUCUACUAACAUCAGCAGUAGAUAAAGCCCUUGAGAGCAAGAAUGGACAGCUGGAUCUGUUCCUGCGGUUCCUGCUGGGCGUCUCACUGGAGUCCAAUCAGAGACUCUUACAGGAUCUACUGACAUGCACAGAGAAAAGCUCAGAGAACAUCAGAGAAACCACACAGGACAUUCAACUGAAGAUCAAAGAUGGGCAUGGACUCUCCACUGGUCAAUCCAUCAAUCUGUUCCUCUGUCUGCUGGAAGUGAAAGAUCAGACUCUGUCCAGAGAGAUUCAGGAGUUUGUGAAAUCAGACAAACACUCAGAGAAGAAACUCUCUCCUGCUCACUGCUCAACAAUCGCCUACAUGCUUCAGAUAUCAGAGGAGGUGCUGGAUGAGCUGAACACCAAGAAAUACAACACAUCAGAUGAGGGGAGAAGAAGACUGAUACCAGCUGUGAUCAACUGCAGAAAAGCUCUACUUCCUGCCUGUAAUCUCACUGUUCAGUGUUGUGAGAGUUUGUCAUCGGCUCUUCAAUCCUUAAAUGGUGUCCUGAGAGAGCUGGACCUGAGUAGCAAUGACCUGCAGAAUUCAGCAGUGAAGCUUCUUUCUGAUGGACUGAAGAGUCCAAACUGUCAGCUGCAGAUACUGAGUCUUACUUACUGUAAUCUCACUGAUCAGUGUUGUGAGAGUUUGUCAUCAGCUCUUCAAUCCUCAGACUGUGUUCUGAGAGAGCUGUACCUGAGUUACAAUGACCUGCAGGAUUCAGGAGUGAAGCUUCUUUCUGAUGGACUGAAGAGUCCAAACUGUCAGCUGCAGAUACUGAGUCUUACUUACUGUAAUCUCACUAGUCAGUGUUGUAAGAGUUUGUCAUCAGCUCUUCAAUCCUCAAACUGUGUCCUGAGAGAGCUGGACCUGAGUAACAAUGACCUGCAGGAUUCAGGAGUAAAGCUUCUUUCUGAUGGACUGAAGAGGCCAAACUCUCAGCUGCAGAUACUGAGGUUGUCUGGCUGUAUGGUGACAGAGGAAGGCUGUGGUUUUGUGUCUUCAGCUCUGAGUUCAAACCCCUCACACCUGAGAGAGCUGGAUCUGAGCUACAAUCACCCAGGAGAUUCAGGAGUCAAGCUGCUUUUGGACAAACUGAAGGAUCCAAACUGCUCACUGCAGAUACUCAAUGUGGAUCAUGGAGGAGAGGGCAGGAUCACAGCAGGACUACGAAAGUAUGCCUGUGAUCUCACACUGGAUCCAAACACAGCAAACACUCGUCUCAUUCUCUCUGAGGAGAACAGGAAAGUGAUGCGUGUGAAAGAACAUCAGUCGUAUCCUGAUCAUCCAGAGAGAUUUGAUGAGUGUCCUCAGGUUCUGUGUGGAGAGAGUCUGACUGGACGCUGUUACUGGGAGGCUGAAUGGAGUGGAAGUGCUGAUAUAUCAGUGGCAUAUAAAGGAAUCAGCAGGAAAGGAAGGAGGGAUGACUGUAUGUUUGGAUACAAUGACAAAUCCUGGAGUCUGAUCUGCUCUGAUGCUGGAUUCACUGUCUGGCACGAUAAUAACAGGUGGGCUGUACCUGUUGUCCGUUCAUCCUCUCAUAGAGCAGGAGCGUAUGUGGACAUGUCGGCCGGCAUUCUGUCCUUCUACAGAGUCUCUGACACACACGGACUCACACACUUACACACAUUCAUCACCACAUUCAGUGAACCCCUCUAUGCUGGAUUUAAAGUUUAUUAUGAUCCUUCAGUGUCUCUGUGUCAAAUUAAACAACAGACACACACACACACUUGUAAAUCUUCUUUCUAACAUCCACAUGCACACACAGUCAUCAAAUCUCACAUAAUUAGUUUUAUUAAUUUUUAAUUAAUGUAUUUUAUUACGUGGAGGUUAGAAAUCUAGAUCAGACACAUUAAUCUGUAUGUAAAAAAAUAGAAUUAAGUUUCUUUAAUAUUUUCAUUGUAAGCUGAUCAUCAGAUGUAAUAACUGUACAUUUAUGAUUGAUUUAAUCAUGAAUUGGUUUAUGAAUGAUUAACGUGAACUGAUGACAGUAUGAAUAAUCAUGAAUGUGAUGAGAACACAGGUUGAAUUCACUCAGAAUAAAUCACAUCUCCUGAUAGUGUGCUUUAUUUUUCUCCUCUGAUUUAUCAGCGAUUCACUAAAUGAAUUCUGCAGAUCAGGUGAUGGUACAUACUCACAGUAUUUCUGCUGAACAGUUUAUCACAGCGUAAUUCCAGUCUUUCAGGAGCUUCAGAGCUCAAUCUGCUGCCUUGAUCACUAGAAGAUCUUCAUCAGCAUCUCUUCUCCAUGAGCACAACAGCUUUAUAUGACAGGAGCAACACGAGUCUCUGUGCCUCAGCUAAAAUAUCUCUGUAAUCAUAAAUGGAUGCUGCUUUAUU